GCGUCAGCGUUUACACCUCUCACGGCCUGCAGCAGCCACAGCGGCAACGGCAAGCGAACGCCGUCGUCUUACUUGCCGAUGUACGCGACGGCGAGCCCUCUGCCGUCACCCUCAGCAGCGGCGGGACCAGACAAAGUUAACGUCGAGGUGGCAGCGGCUGCGCUGCUCAACUCGUCUUCCAGGAGGAAGCGCAACGGCACCACCAGAACAACCCUGAAACGCGUAGAAGAGAUGAAAGGUGUUGCGGAAGGGUCUUCUUCUGCCUCUUCGAUCAUCGCUCCCUCUGCGUCCUCCACGGAUUCGGCGAACGGGGCGAAACCAAGCGAGCCUUGGCGCGCUCGUCUCACUUUGGCGUUGGUUGCCUGCCUGUACGGCACGAACUACACCGCCAUCAAGUUCAUGGGAGAUUUCAUGGAUACGUCGAGUCUACUGACGCUUCGCUUUGGUCUUGCAUCACUGGCGCUGCUGCCGGCGUUGAAAGGAGUCGGAAUGGAUGUUUUGCUAGCUGGGGCGGAGGUGGGGAUCUACGCGACGCUGGGAUACAUGGCUCAGGCCUACGCUAUGAGGUCAUUGCCCGCCUCUCAGCUGGCGUUGGUGGGUUGCCUGGCGGUGCUGGUGGUGCCGUUUCUCGACCAGAUUUCGGGAAAGAGAAAGGUCGGGGUUGCGACUAUCAGCGCCGCCGUUCUUGCCUGUGGUGGCGCAGCUCUGCUGCAGUCGGGAGGGGCCCAGCCUGACUCGGUGGACGGAGCGGCAGACCUCUUGCCGCGCGUGCUGGCGCUCUUGCAGCCUUUCUUUUUCGGGUUUUCGACCUGGAGAAUGGAGACGGUGGUGCAGCGACACCCCGGCCAGGCGCUUCCUCUCACCGCAAGUCAGGUGGCGGUGGUGGCGAUCACCUCGGCGCUGUGGAGCAUUGCUCAAGGUGGUGAGGGGAGUCAAGAGGCGGAGGAGUGUCAUGUACCCACUCUUUAG